AAACCGCCGCCGUUGACAACAAGUGUUUAGCUUCGUUGUUUGUGCAUGCACGUGUUGACGGAACAUUUUCACAUAAAACUUUAUUUUCUUGAAUUACACGUUAUUUUAUAAACAGUAGCUAAAAUAAAAUGCCUAGAUCCAAAAGAGAUAAGAAAAUUUCCCUCACCAAAACCGAUCGAAAAGGUCUCGCUUGGAAACAACAGAUUAUUGAAGACAUCAGAAGAUGUGUGGAGAAAUACCCCAAUAUAUUUGUGUUUCAAGUUCAAAAUAUGCGCAACAACUUGCUGAAGGAUCUGAGACAAGAAUGGAAGCAAAAUUCACGUUUCAUUUUUGGUAAAAAUCGCAUUAUGCAAAUCGGUUUGGGCCGCACCAAAGCUGAAGAAGUUGAAACAGAUUUGAGCAAAUUGUCCAGACGGCUGACGGGCCAAGUGGGUCUUCUGUUUACGGAGAAAAGCAAGAAAGAAGUUUUGGAAUGGGCUGAAAACUAUUGGGCUGUUGAAUAUGCACGCAGUGGUUUUAAGGCAACAGAGACUGUGGUGCUACCAGAGGGUCCCUUGGAAGAGUUUUCACAUUCCAUGGAACCGCAUUUAAGAUCGCUUGGACUGCCAACAAAACUACAAAAGGGUGUUGUGACGCUCGUCUCGGACUAUACGGUGUGCGAGGAGGGAAAGGUUUUGACACCCGAACAAGCCAGAAUACUUAAAUUGGUUGCUAAACCCAUGGCAAAGUUCCGUCUGACAAUGAAGUGUUCCUGGACAAAAGCAGAUGGCUUUGAAUUGCACGUUCCUGAUGAUAUCAACGAUGAUGAAGAAGAUAAAGCCGACAGCGGUCAAGGCGAAGAAGUUGAUGACGACGAUGAUGGAGAGGCAAUGGAUCAGGAUGAGGAUGAAGAUUCUGAUGAAGAUGAGGAAGACGAUUAGAGUACAUAUGUAUUUAUGUAGUGCUAACAAAUACUUUAGUUUAGUUGAAAAUAUAGCCAUAAGAUUUAUUUUUUCAUUAAAAUUAAAUUUAUAUAAAACUAA